UUCUUAUUCCUUACUGCUGUACCUUUGUACCGUAAUACAAUACAGAAUGUACAUCCGGUGAGAUGUGGCGUUCCAAUCCCGUUCUUUUCUCAGAUCCACUUUUAUUUUCUCUGACAGCCUCAUCACCUUCGUCAUCGUAAAACAUUUCAACUCUCCUAAUUUGCAGCCUUGCAUCAAGAACUAGUCGCACAAUCUUCUCACCACGUCUUAGAGUCAAUAAGGGAUUGACGCACCUGUUCCUUCGCGCAAUCAGACUCCGUCGCAUGCUUCUAGAAGCAUCCAAGAUCAUCUCUUUUCGAACCACUACCUCUCGCCAUUACAAAAAAGGCCAUCGUGUCACGCCAUCAACAUACGACCACGUACUUCGAAUCGCGAGAGCCUCUCAUCCCAACGUCCCGACUAUCGACGCAGAAAACGACUCACUAUUACCUCGCUACCACCUACACGGGUAGGUAAACGGGAAAAAAGGGGGUUGGCGUCAAGCUCCACAGCUUAGCUCAGCUGUCAUCCAGACGUGGAUAAGCCGCCAAUAACGACCCUACGUGCAUACAGCCCAGGCAACCAGCCAAGGAAAUAGAUCCGCCUCCAAGUGUCCCGCAGCCUCCCGCAGCCUCGGCCGUAGCCUCAUCCCUCCGGAAAUCAGCCCAUCCCAUCCCACAUCCCACCGCACCCGUCCACCCCAUCUCGCAACAACAAAAUGUCCGGCGAAGGCCCCGAAAGCAUCCCAACAUCCGCAGACCCGCGCUCCAAGCGCCCAACCAAAAAGCGCGCCCUCACGCCCCUCUCCGCGCAAGCGCGCGAAGUAGAAGUCCUCUUCUCCAAACCGGACCAAGAGAUCCGAGUGCCAGACCCCUCUUCCUCCUCCGCGCUCUCCUCCAAGAAGCGCGCCCUCCCGCCUCCCCCCGAGAUCGUGACGAACGUGCAGGGUUCGAGCGCGGGCGCCGGUUCCGGCGAGUUCCACGUGUACAAGGCGAGCCGGCGGCGCGAGUACGAGCGGCUGCGGCGCAUGGACGAGGAGGUCGCGGACGAGCGCGAGCGGGCCGCGUUCGAGCGCGCGCGCGAGGAGCGCGAGAGGAGGGACGACGAGAAGACGCGGAAGAACCGCGAGAAGCGGGAGAAGGCUAAGGCGAGGAAGGCGGGGAAGGGGAAGAAUGGGGGAGGAGGAGGAGGAGGAGGAGGAGGGAAUAAGAAUGGUGGUGGCGGGGCACCCGGUGCUACUACUGCUGCUGCCGCGCCGACGACGAAGGGAGUGAAGGCUCGGGUCGAUGUGAAGAGGGACAAGGCGGAUGAGGCGGAGACGGAGAAGACGACCGAUGCCGAAGCUCCCGCGGCGGGAGAUGCGCCGGCGGAAGAACCGAAGGGCAUUCUCAUUGAGGAAGACUAAGGGAUUGGAAUUUAAUACCUACCUAAUGAUACCCACCAACCCAUGAUCUACUUGAGUGUGGAAAAGAUACAUAACAGGAUCGGGAGGGCAUACUUUGACAUCGGAGUUACGGGUUGACUGAACGGACAUCCAAUGUUAAUAAAAAUGCCAACAUUACUGUAUUCUGGUAUUGUAGCACCACCUGUAAUUACAAAAGGACAU